AUGGAACAAAACCCUUCCAAUGCGAAGCACAACGUUGUCGUCGUAUUCUGCACCGCCGCGGCGCAUGUACUUGGCAGACUCCUCAUCCAGCUAUUGCAGACGCUCGAAAAUCUACCAUGGCCCGUGAUAUCAAUAAGGAGAAUACCGGAGCCAAAGUCAACUAACUAUUCCAAUGUCUUUCCACCAUCACAGCGAAAACUCGUUGCCUGCAUCGGCGCCGACGUCGGGGCAGGGGACGCCUCUUCAAGCAACCCGUCAAAACACCCCGAAUUAGUUCUCGGCCUCGAUGAAGAUUAUCGCCUCGCAUCACCUUCAAGAAUUGUCUUUAGUGGCUUCAGCGUUGGGGAAAUACGGUCCUUGGGGAGCUUCCCAGAUUAUGCGGCAUUGUCCGAGGUGCCGCUGCCUCGUGCUGCAAAUGACUUUGACAUUGCCACGGCAAGGCCAAGACCAUAUCGACCACUGAGGUGGCCAUAUAACCAAACCAUGGUGCUGAUCAAGAAUGCGCUGCCUACAGCGAUUCAGAAGAUGGAGCCCGACUAUUGGAUUGAGCUGGAGAGCACCUACGAAGAGCAAAUUCGCCUGCGCAAGAGCAUUGUCGAAAAACACAAGACGGAUGUUAUGCAGGCCCUUCCGGGCUCGGAGCUCGCAUGCAGGGAACUAAUGGAAAUGGUGACGCAAUUCCUCUGUGCCCGGUAUCCCCGGCAAUUUAUGCUGGUCAACGGGGUAUUGGAGAACAAGAUUCGAGGUACACGACAUCAUGUUGACCAGACCGACGGCCUACACUUCCUGCUGGAAAAUGUCCCUGAGGAUUUCGCCAUCAUGCUGAGGGAUCCCGAGACGGGAAGAUAUAAACUACGAGCCGGGAUCAUUUGCGCAUCCACGGGUUGGAAUUUGGGCGUCAAGAUGGGCAAGGGUCUCGCUGAAAUCCACGGACCAGUGCCUGAUUACAGGAGCAAGAUGCAGCUCAGCAUGGACCGCUUCUUCACCAAGUUCCCUGCCGGCAAACCUGUGCAAAGAGGAGCCUGGGGAUUUGAAGUCGGGAAACAUCUGUACACGCCGCCGAGCCACCCCCGUCUUGAGGGUACGAAGAGACAAGAUGCAGGGCUUCGCCCGGAUGACAUUUAUUUUCGCGUAGAUUGGCAAACGCUGCGACGAUUGCCUCUCUCUGGGGCAAUAGUCUUCAACUUUAAGGCCUUCUUCACUCCUGUGAAGGACUUGAUGGAUGAGCCGUACGUACCUUCCUUGUGUCUCAAAGUGCUUACCGAGAGCAAGGCAAAUCUGAGAGAGUAUAAACAAGUACACCACACGGAGCAUGUUCUAACUCCCCUGUUCUCGCAUUAUGAACAGUCUCAGAUAGAGCGUGGAUUGAUAGAAGCUGGUUGGGAACCACAGACUCUGGAGGAGAGCCCCUUCUUCCCCGGAUGGAUGGAUCAUUUCAGUAGGUCUCUGAGCAGGAUUUGA